CUGCCGCUUGGGUCUCGCUUGGAAGCGCCUGGGGCAAGGAAAGUUUCCGGCUUCUUCUCUUUCCCCGCUUCUUCCUUUCCUCCUUUUUAUCCUCUCUGCUGGCCCGGUGGCACCAUGACGGCGUCUCCCGACUACUUGGUGAUUCUCUUCGUGACCACGGCGGGCACCAACGGGGCAAGGUUGGGCUCAGACGAGCGAGAGCUGCUCCAGCUCCUGUGGAAAGUGGUCGACCUGAGGAGUAAGGAGCUGGGGCACCUGCAUGACGUGCUGGUCCGGCCUGACCGCACAGAACUGACGGCUGAGUGCCAGGAGAUCACCCAAGUGGAUGUGGAGAGCCUGGCACUGGCUCCACCGCUGGAGCAGGCAUUGAGACAGUUUAAUCAGUCCGUGAGCAAUGAGCUGAACAUUGGUGUAGGUACUUCUUUCUGUUUCUGUACUGAUGGACAGUUGCACAUUAGGCAGGUUCUACACCCUGAAGCUUCCAAAAAGAAUAUUUUAUUGCCUGAAUGCUUCUACUCCUUUUUUGACUUGCGGAAAGAGUUCAAGAAGUGUUGCCCUGGUUCACCUGAAGUUAGCAAACUUGAUGUUGUAGCCAUGACAGAAUAUUUAAAUCUUGACAAGAGCAGUUCAGCAUUUCCCUAUGGAGCCUCUCAAGUUGAAGAUAUGGGGCAUAUUAUUUUAACAUUAAUAUCUGAACCAUACAAUCACAGAUUUUCAGAUCCAGAAAGGGUGAACUACAAAUUUGAAAGUGGGCCUUGCAGCAAGAUGGAACUUGUGGACAACAAUGCUGUUAUCCGAGCAAGAGGAUUGCCAUGGCAGUCAUCUGACCAGGACAUAGCAAGAUUCUUCAAAGGUCUAAAUAUUGCCAAAGGGGGUGCUGCACUCUGUCUCAAUGCCCAAGGUAGGAGGAAUGGGGAGGCUCUUGUGAGGUUCGUAAGUGAAGAGCAUAGAGAUCUAGCACUACAAAGGCACAAGCAUCACAUGGGGAACCGAUACAUAGAGGUAUACAAGGCAACAGGUGAAGACUUCCUUAAAAUUGCAGGAGGUACUUCCAAUGAGGUUGCACAGUUUUUGUCGAAAGAAAACCAAGUGAUUGUCAGGAUGCGAGGUCUUCCUUUCAAUGUAACAACAGAAGAAGUGCUGACUUUCUUUGGCCAGCACUGCCCUGUAACAGGAGGAAAGGAGGGAGUCCUGUUUGUUACUUACCCUGACAGCAGGCCAACAGGGGAUGCCUUUGUCUUGUUUGCUUGUGAGGAAUAUGCACAAAAUGCACUGAAAAAGCACAAGGAUUUGCUGGGGAAAAGGUACAUUGAACUCUUCCGUAGCACUGCAGCAGAAGUUCAGCAGGUGCUGAACAGGUACUCUUCCACACCUCUCAUUCCUCUCCCAACACCUCCAGUUCUUCCAGUAUUACCUCAACAAUUUGUGCCUCCCACUAACAUCAGAGACUGCAUACGUUUGCGUGGUCUUCCCUAUGCUGCUACUAUAGAGGACAUUCUGGAGUUCCUGGGAGAGUUUUCUACAGAUAUUCGGACCCAUGGAGUUCACAUGGUAUUAAAUCACCAGGGGCGUCCAUCGGGAGAUGCUUUCAUUCAGAUGAAAUCUGCAGAUCGAGCUUUCCUGGCUGCACAGAAAUGUCAUAAGAAGACCAUGAAGGACAGAUAUGUUGAAGUCUUUCAAUGUUCUGCUGAAGAGAUGAACUUUGUAUUAAUGGGGGGCACUUUAAAUCGAAAUGGCUUGUCCCCGCCACCAUGUAAGUUACCAUGCCUUUCACCCCCUACCUACUCGUUCCCAGCUCCUGCUGCAGUUGUGCCAACAGAAGCUGCUCUGUAUCAGCCAUCCAUGCUUCUGAACCCACGAACACUCCAGCCCUCCACAGCCUACUACCCUGCUGGGGCUCAGCUCUUCAUGAACUACACAGCAUAUUACCCCAGUAUGCAGCAGAGGAUGGACUUGUACACACAAAUGAUGCGGCCGGGACAAUAUCCAAAGCAUGGAUUUGCAUUUAAAGGCCCCAGCAGUUAG